AUGAGUGAAAGGAGAAGAUCUGCAGUCGCCCUGAGCUCCCGAGCACAUGCCUUCUCCGUUGAAGCCUUGAUCGGCUCAAAUAAAAAGCGGAAACUGCGAGACUGGGAGGAGAAGGGGCUGGACCUGUCCAUGGAGGCGCUGAGUCCCGCAGGCCCACUCGGAGACACAGACGACCCGGCGACUCACGGCCUGGAGCCCCACCCGGAUUCUGAGCAGAGCACUGGGUCGGACUCUGAAGUGCUCACUGAGCGAACCUCCUGCUCCUUCAGCACUCACGCUGACCUGGCAUCUGGUGCUGCAGGCCCUGUGCCUGCCGCCAUGUCUUCCAUGGAAGAGAUUCAGGUGGAGUUACAAUGUGCUGACCUCUGGAAGAGGUUCCAUGAUAUCGGAACAGAGAUGAUCAUCACUAAAGCAGGCAGGAGAAUGUUUCCUGCCAUGAGAGUGAAAAUCACUGGCCUGGAUCCACAUCAGCAGUACUAUAUAGCAAUGGACAUUGUGCCUGUGGACAACAAAAGAUACAGAUAUGUGUAUCAUAGCUCUAAGUGGAUGGUGGCUGGCAAUGCUGACUCCCCUGUGCCUCCAAGGGUCUAUAUACAUCCAGAUUCCCUAGCUUCUGGAGACACCUGGAUGAGACAGGUGGUUAGUUUUGACAAACUCAAGCUGACCAACAAUGAACUGGAUGAUCAAGGACAUAUCAUUCUGCACUCCAUGCAUAAAUAUCAGCCACGAGUCCAUGUGAUCCGUAAAGAUUUCAGCAGUGAUCUUUCGCCCACCAAACCUGUACCUGUGGGAGAUGGGGUGAAAACAUUCAACUUUCCUGAGACCGUGUUUACCACAGUUACAGCUUAUCAGAACCAGCAGAUUACCAGAUUAAAAAUUGACCGAAACCCUUUUGCUAAAGGAUUCAGAGAUUCUGGCAGAAACAGAACUGGACUUGAAGCCAUCAUGGAGACUUAUGCAUUCUGGAGACCUCCUGUGCGCACACUGACCUUUGAGGACUUCACGACCAUGCAAAAGCAGCAAGGGGGCAGUACAGGUACUUCUCCAACCACCUCCAGCACUGGGACACCAUCCCCUUCGGCUUCUUCUCAUCUCUUAUCUCCAUCUUGUUCUCCUCCAACUUUUCAUUUGGCCCCAAAUACUUUCAAUGUGGGCUGUCGAGAAAGCCAGCUGUGUAAUCUAAACCUCUCAGAUUAUCCACCAUGUGCCCGAAGCAACAUGGCUGCCUUACAGAGCUAUCCAGGGCUGAGUGACAGUGGCUACAACAGGCUCCAGAGUGGCGCAGCUUCAGCCACUCAGCCCUCUGAAACCUUCAUGCCUCAGAGGACUCCAUCUCUGAUCUCAGGAAUACCAACACCUCCCUCGUUGCCCAGCAACAGCAAGAUGGAAGCCUAUGGUGGCCAGUUGGGGUCCUUCCCAACUUCCCAGUUUCAGUAUGUCAUGCAGGCAGGCAAUGCAGCCUCCAGUUCCUCAUCGCCACAUAUGUUUGGUGGCAGCCACAUGCAGCAGAGCUCCUAUAAUGCCUUCUCCCUCCAUAAUCCCUACAAUCUGUAUGGAUACAAUUUUCCCACUUCCCCCAGGCUAGCUGCAAGCCCAGAGAAACUGAGCGCAUCUCAAAGCACUUUACUCUGUUCUUCUCCUUCCAAUGGGGCCUUUGGAGAGAGGCAGUACCUGCCCACAGGGAUGGAGCACAGCAUGCACAUGAUCAGCCCUUCAACUAAUAAUCAGCAGGCUCCCAACGCCUGUGAUGGCCGACAGUAUGGGGCAGUCCCAGGCUCUUCCUCUCAGAUGUCCGUACACAUGGUUUAA